CAGCAUCAGGCAGUCCCGUGAAACAUUUGCGUGGGAGUUCCCUCCACCGCCAUGUUGGGGGUGCAUCGCUCUCUCUCCCUCUCUCCGUUCAUCCUCCCCCACAUUAACAGCUUAGCACAGCAGCAGCAGCUCCUACUGUACAGCAUCCAGCAUCCAGCAUCCAUCCCUGCCUGGGGAGCAGCAGUCCUACCCGGCGCAGCACCGACGCACGGAGGGGGCGCAUCAUCUAAGUGAUGCCACAGCAUCAGUCGCAUUUCGACAACAAAUACUGAGAGUAGACUCUUAAAGGAGGGAGAGAAAACAGCUUCAGCCUCGAAGACAGCAACUGCCCAUGAAGAUGUCUAACGCUGACCUCGUCUUAAACGCCACCGAUCGGAUGGUGAAAUCUGUCCCUUUCCCCCUGAGCCACCGCCUUACAAUUAAGGAAGUGUUUGACUGCGAAGGGAAACCUCGUGUGGAUCUCCUGAAGGCCCACCUCACCAAGGAGGGCCGUGUAGAAGAAGCUGUGGCUCUUCGAAUUGUCAGUGAGGGAGCAGCUAUCUUGCGCCAGGAGAAAACUAUACUGGACAUUGAAGCACCAGUCACAGUCUGUGGUGACAUCCAUGGGCAAUUCUUUGAUCUGAUGAAGCUGUUUGAAGUGGGAGGAUCACCAGCCACAACACGGUACCUGUUCCUCGGGGACUAUGUGGACCGUGGCUACUUCAGUAUUGAGUGUGUUUUAUACCUCUGGUCACUGAAAAUCCUCUAUCCAAAGACACUAUUUUUACUUCGGGGAAAUCAUGAAUGUAGACAUUUGACAGAGUAUUUCACCUUCAAACAAGAAUGUAAAAUCAAGUACUCAGAGCAGGUUUACGACUCAUGUAUGGAUGCAUUUGACUGCCUUCCCCUGGCUGCACUCAUGAACCAACAGUUUCUGUGUGUUCAUGGUGGGCUCUCACCUGAAAUACACACCUUAGAUGACAUUAAAAAGUUGGAUCGGUUCAAGGAGCCACCGGCUUUUGGGCCCAUGUGUGACCUGUUGUGGUCUGAUCCUCUGGAGGAUUUUGGCAAUGAGAAAACCCAGGAAUAUUUCAGCCACAACACAGUGCGAGGAUGCUCCUACUUCUACAGUUAUCCAGCUGUAUGUGAGUUCCUACAGAGCAAUAACCUAUUAUCAAUUAUCCGAGCGCAUGAAGCACAAGAUGCAGGCUACCGGAUGUACCGUAAAAGCCAGACCACUGGAUUCCCUUCCCUCAUUACCAUCUUCUCAGCACCAAACUACCUGGAUGUUUACAACAACAAAGCUGCUGUACUGAAAUAUGAAAAUAAUGUCAUGAACAUCCGACAGUUCAACUGUUCACCCCAUCCCUACUGGCUGCCCAACUUCAUGGAUGUCUUCACCUGGUCCCUGCCAUUUGUUGGCGAGAAAGUCACAGAAAUGCUGGUGAAUGUGCUGAGCAUCUGCUCUGAUGAUGAACUCAUGAUGAAUGAUGAAGAUGAGAUAUUUGAUGCCAAUGCAGCUGCAGCACGCAAGGAGGUGAUCAGGAACAAGAUCCGCGCCAUUGGGAAAAUGGCCAAAAUGUUCUCAGUUCUCAGAGAGGAGAGUGAAAAUGUGUUGACGCUUAAAGGCCUGACGCCCACUGGCAUGCUGCCGAGCGGGGUUCUCUCUGGAGGCAAGCAGACACUGCAGAGUGCCACCAUUGAAGCCAUCGAAGCCAUCGAGACAACUGAUGAGGACGGAGAAGCUAUCCGUGGGUUCUCCCCCCAGCACAAGAUUGCCAGCUUUGAGGAAGCCAAGGGCCUCGACCGCAUCAACGAGCGCAUGCCACCUCGCAAGGACGGGGUGAACCACGUGGGUCACUCCAUGGGAAAGAUGAAUAUGUCAGAGGCAAACGGCACGGAUGACAACAGCAACAUUUAGUCACGUGCUGUCGGAGCCUCAGAACCGUACUGCUGUUGCUCUGUGCAGCAAGACAUUGCCAAAUUGGGAAUUCCGGCCUCAGAACAGGAAAAAAAAAAACAGGCCGACUGACAGAACAUGAAUAUCUGCAGCAAAACUAAAACAGGCGAAAAAGGUCAUUUUUUUCAUGACAGUAUGUCAUCGCACAGUCAGGGGAGGGGGGGGAGGGGGGGGAGGGGUUCACAGCAGAGUGCAGGGAUAAGAAGAGGCCAGAAGGCUGCAGCCUGACAGAAGUGUGGUUGAAAGUUGUUUCUGCCUGUUGUUCCCUUUCUCAGUUCAAUUACAGACUGAUAUGUUGGGGGUUGUGUUGGUCUGAGUGCUGACAAAUGUCUGCUCCUUCAUCACAGGGCCUGACAGAAGACAUAAUCGCAGUAUCCAUGCCACACUAAUCAUGUUACGGUUUCAUAAAGUGUUCAUUAUGAAUGACUCACAAAUUCACUUCAUGAGGAAAAGAAUCCGUUUUGCUAGUAUUACCAAGUCACACCACUAAAUGUGAACCUCGUAAAACUUGCAGUGCGAUCUUAUAGCAGUGGACUUAAAUUGAUUAAUUUACCCUGUAGUAAGAUGCCACCAUCCUGCAGGGAAAAGAGGACAGGGUACUCACCAAAUCCACUGCAGUCUGAGCUCAAACUCCUCUUUGGUACAUUUCAACACUACUUCACGCACUGCUCCUUUCCUCACCUCCCUCAUUAUCAGUCAUCUCCUAGCAAGACGUAACUUGGAGGGGAUGAGGGAAGAAAGGGAGGGGAUGAAAAGAGCACUUGUAAAAUUUGGUUCCACUGCAGGUACUUCAGUUUCACAGGUAAACACCAAGAUUUGACAUGGAAAAAUGCAAAAGGAGCACACUAUCCCACAUAAAACUGAAACUUCAUCAGCAUCCGUAGGGGAACCUCAAAGGGUUAUAUUUUUGUCCAGACCAUCCUUAAAAUAUAGUUCUUCCUCUAGUAAAUGUUUAAGUAGUUCACGUCAAAGAAGCAUGGCUUUUUGAUCAAGCUAUACCUCACACACUUUCUGAAAAGUAUACACUUGAGCAUCCUCCACCGAAAGAGGCUUUUCCCAUCUCUUCUGCAUUUCUAUGACUGGCAACAAAGCUGCAUUAACACCUGUUUCUGAUCCCAAAAGAAGAAGAAGAGAAGUGAUUUUGAACUUUGGGACAUACUCUGCUGCCACACACUACUCGAUUAUUUCUCACCUGCUUGUUGCUAAAGAGAAAGUAAAACAAUAUGUGCAGUAACUCAAGUAUACAUUAGCACCCUUUGAGUUUUUGCACUGUUUGCUGAACUGCAAAUUCACGCAUAAGAGCUGCACAAAGUACUAUAUCAAAGUGAGAAGGAAAUUCUACAAAUUUGUGAAUGCAUAGAAUUGAAACAUCUUUGUUUAAAGAGUAUUUAACAACCACACCCAUUGUGUCAUUAGGAAUAAGCUGGCUUAGAUGUAUUUAAGGUAUUUGAAGAAUGUAUCCGGGCCAGAAUUUAGUUAAUUAAUGCUUCUUUUUAGGACAAUUUUCUUUUUAGUGAAAAUUGAUCUUAGAUUAAUAUAAAAAUGUAAUGUAAAAUUAGUUCUUUUAUUAAAACUGAGAACAAUAGGCCAGGCUUUUGGUUUAUGAAUCCACCCAUCUUCCAUCAAAGUGUGUUAAUCACAUAUUUCCUUAUUAUUUUCCUAAUCGGAUUUUACUGUGCAGUACAGUGGAGAAACAGGCCGAGAAAAACUUUCCUGAAGUGCGCACACUGUGAUCCAAAUUAAACAUCAAUUCCCAUGUCCAAAUUAGGGCUGGGCAUCGUUGAAAAAAUGUCGAUACAAUUACUGAUAACAAUAACGUGACUUUGAUGCCGGUUCCUGAACGAUACUUUCUUUCGAUGCCAAUUUUAUAAACUCCAUUUAAAAACAAAAGAAAUUCUAACAUUACACAUAAUGGCACAACUAUUUUUAUUUAUUUAUCGGCUCCUACUACGUGAGCCCCGUCUCUGUGCGUAACGUAGAGCUUUGUCCUGCGAGUCUCUACGACGUGUAACAGCCAAUCACCAGCAACACUGAAUCUUGGUAGAAGCAUCCUGCGUGCUUAUUGGCUCACUGAUGCUGAUGAGAUUUCCUCCUUAGGUAGUGAAAUUUGAUAUUUAAUGACGUGGCAUUUUUUGAGUAGGCAAUUCGGCGGGUGCCUAAAAAGUAUUGAAUUCGGUUCCCAGCCCUAGUCCGAAUGGCCGAUAGAAGAAGAGAAACAAAAUUCAAACUAAAACCGGAAACCUUUUUCUUUAAAAAUAAAUCAUUUGGGAAAGUGGAUACCAGUGAAGCCAGAACCUCAAGCGAUACUUUGUAUCACAUAAAUUUCUAGAAUUUCCUUUCAUACAUUAAUAUUUUUUCUACUUUAUAUUUCAUCUUUCUAUUUAAUGAUAAAAGUAUGUGAAUUAAGGAUGGACAAAAAGUGAUUUUUAACACAGCAUCUAUGGUAUGGAACGCAUCAAUGCAUGCAAUUAAGUUCCUAAUUGUUAUGUGAGAUUAUAAUUGUGAUAGUUGUGUUUCAAAUAGUAAACUUGAAUUAUUUUAUUUUUGAAUCACAUUUAUAAUUUUAUUUGACUUGUUUUAUACAUUUUAUAAAUAGGCUUCCUUUGAUAGUUUCUUGUCCAUUUUUUGGUUACGUUACUUAUUACCACUGCUUUUAAUUUUAUAUUGAUUUAUUGUUUGCAGAGAUGCCCUUCUAAGGUGUGAAGCCUUGUUUAUUUUUUUCUGUUGUACUCAUGUACAGAAAAUGUUCAAUUGUGUGAAUGAAUAUAAUCUCAGUGAAAAGCAACUUUCAGGCUGCCAAAGCAUGAUAGCAUGGUUUUCAGAUGUUAAAUUAAAUGAACACAAAGAAAA